CAGUUUACUGUUACAUGAAAUUUAUUAAAAAUGAGACAGUUAUUAUGAUAAUUUCAGUCAUCCAUGCUGUAAAACUGUUUGAAAACACUAUCAAUAAUAUCAACGUACACAAAGUAUAAUCCAGCGAAAAGUUUGAAUAAGUUGAAUUUGAGCUAACGACAGAAUACAAGGCCUUAGGCGAUCAGAAUUAUUUUUUAAAAAAUCGGACACGGACGUCGACGUGAUUCAUUUUCGAUCUUCAAGAGAAAGUAGAAAAUUGAUUCCAUGCAUCAUGUUUCGGGCGAAGAAGAGCCCCAAAAAACAAAAGGCUGCUAAAAAAGAACCAGCAAAGCAUGAAAAGCUGGCAGAUGACUGGGGUGCUAACAAUGACAAGGUUAAGGAAGGCGUAGUGUUCUAUGUGAAAUACUUAGGUAGCACACUUGUAGAGGAGCUUGGUGCAGGGCAGAGUUAUGGGGAUGCAAUCAGUGCAAAGGCUGUGAAAACAAUUGUUGAAAUGGCCAAGGCAGCUGGGGUCAAUGUGUCUAAAUUGCCCAGAAUGGUGCUCAAAGUGUUCCCUGAGGGUAUUCAAGUCUCUGACCUUGACACUAAGGAGGUCAAGUUUGAGACAUCUAUUUACAGGAUAUCAUUCUGUACUGCAGACAGCAAUCAGGAAAAAAUCUGUGCUUACAUUGCGAGGAAUUCAGACAAUGAAACAAUGGAGUGCAAAGCUUUUCUCUGUGCUAAGCGAAAAAUAGCAGAGGCUAUAACCUUAACAGUGGCACAAACAUUUAAUAUUGCAUAUGAACAUGAAACAAGAAUUAAAGAAGAACAAAGUUUACAGAAUACAAUCAAGGUGUCAGAAGCCCAAGACAACAGUAUUGACUCAAACCAGAAAGAUAAGAAUUUUAAUCCAGCAUCAGAGAUGAAAUCCUGCCAUCUUGAAAUGUCUGAUCCAUGGACAGAUGUGCUUAAACACUCAAAUUCAACAUCUGAUCCAAGUGCAAUCACAAACAAUUUGAAAGGCAAUCCAAGUUCAAGUCCAACUCUUGGCUCUGUUGGUAGUAGAUCCCCAAGCAGUAGCACCAGCAGUAAAGAUUACACAGCAGAUGUCAAAUGGGAGGACUUUGACUUAGAUUUAGAUGACCAUUUUUCACAACUUGCUGUAACUCGUAGCACUAAUCCAUCACAACCUGAACAAUCUUCCACCUUUCAAGCAGACCCCUUUGUUACAUCAACUCAAGCAGACCCCUUCUCAACCAGUAAAUCGGACCCAUUUAUAGUGCACAAGUCUAAAGACCCCUGGGCUAUCUUAGAACCACAAAAAUUUAAUCCUGCAACAGAUGGACAAAAUAAACCAGUUGAGCUCCCAUCAGGGAAUAUGUUAGGUCUGCAAUAGUUGGUGUCUCGUGGUUUUUCAGGGAACAUAUUUAGAUUGCCAAAGCUGGUGUCUCAUGGAUCUCGUGUAUGUUGUCAUUGAUGAUCUGAUUCAUUUUAUACCAACUUACAAAUACACAGAGGCCUUCUAAUGAGCUUAUUAGGAAUGAAUUAACCUUCAACAAAAUUUGGAUUAUUUAGUGGCAAAUAUACCAACAUAUUUUUCUUGUAUUUGGAAACAAUUGAUUAACAAAAAAGCCAGAUUAUGAAUGCUCUUUCAAGUACGUACACUGUACUUAGAUGUGGAUCCUCUGAUUAAAGAAUUAUACGAAUAUUUUAUGAGCCUGAACUGAAUUGUCAGGUAUCAAUAGCACAUUUUUGUAUAUUGCACUUUAUUUACAGUAUUUACUCUAUAGAUGUAUAACAUUAUAUAACCAGGGGUAUCUAUAUGAGAAAUAUCAACUCUGUGAUGCAAGGGAAGUUAGCAGUUAAUGGAAUUGAAUAGUAGAAAAUGGGUGCAAUGGAAAU